UAAAUCUCAGAGCGAGAUAGAGAGAGAAAGGCUCUGAAGAUGACGGAUGUGAUCCUUCAUGUUUACGAUGUGACCAACAGUGGUUCUGAAAAGACCAACAACACCAUAAUGCAGAUCAACAAGAUCUUCAAGGACGGUAUAGGUUUGGGAGGCAUCUUCCAUAGCGCAGUUCAGGUUUACGGAGAUGAGGAAUGGUCAUUUGGGUUUUGUGACCAUGGCACAGGAGUUUUUAGUUGGCCUCAUGGUAAAAAUCCAAUGUAUACAUAUCGUGAAUGCAUUGUCCUUGGGAAGACAAACUUUCCCAUCUUCAAGGUAAACCAGAUUCUGCGGGAACUUAGCAGAGAGUGGCCUGGAAACUCAUAUGAUCUAUUAUCGAAAAACUGCAAUCACUUUUGUGAUGAGUUCUGUGAAAGGAUUGGUGUGCCAAAACUUCCAGCUUGGGUUAACCGGUUUGCAAAUGCUGGUGAUACUGCUGUGGAAGUUGCUGGAAACACUGCAUUACGAUUCAGACAAGCAAAGACGGAGAUUAUAUCUGCUAGCAAAGUAGCAUACCGAUUCCUUGCUGGUGUUGGCUCCAACAUGCCUUUCACUCCAGAGUCCCCAAGCAAUUCCAAUGGAGGCACCCCCAGAUUCCAAGCCAGUUGGUUCAGAAACCUUGUUUCUUCUGUGGGCCACAGGCCAUCAGAUUCUGAACUCGAAAACCAGGCUGAAGACACCCUCCGACGGCAGCAACAACCGACUGAACAUCUACGACAGAAUUCAAGGGGUGAUGUCUGAGAAGUUGCUUUUGUGGCAUCAUUUGCUGCAAUGUA